GGCCAAACGCAACUUCAAUUCUCAGGUCCACAAACAAAAAACUAAUCAACAAUGUCUCUCUCCUUUCCUCUCCUCCUCUUCUUCUCCUUCCUCCUCAUCUCAAACCCACCUCCGUCUUCAGCUCAACAAAACAACUCUUCCUCCUUCUCCUCCUCAGACUCACCAUGGACUCCCAAUCAGAACCGAACCCUCCUCUCCCCCAAAUCCGUCUUCGCGGCCGGUUUCCAGCCACAAAUCAACUCCUCAAACCUCUACACCUUUCAAGUUUGGUACCACAACAUAUCCACUCCAUUAACAGCGGUUUGGACUGCCAAUAAGUCCCCGGUGAAUAGCUCCGCCACCCUCGUCAUCACUAGCUCCGGCGAGCUCCGACUUAGUACUACUCCUUCCGGCAAUAACUUGUGGCCCAACAAACCCGUUGGAUCCGCGAACUCUACCCGACUCGUCCUCCGGGACGAUGGUCGCCUUGUUUUCGAAAAUUGGUCAAGCUUUGACCAUCCAACCGAUACAAUUCUUCCGAACCAGAAGAUCCUGAAUGAAACAACAAUAUAUUCAAAAGAUGGAAGAUACAGUUUUGAAAACUGCACGCAACUCGUUUUCGGGGGAAAUGAUAGUUACUGGACCAGUGCUGCGUUUCAGAUGCUCGAUGAUAACGGAAAAGUGACUCAGGCCAACGGGGGUUCGUUCAUUACGUCAGACUUCGGAGCUACCCGGUUGAGAAGAUUGACUCUCGCAAAUGAUGGGAAUCUAAGAUUGUUCAGUCUGGAUCCGAAUUCGGGUCAAUGGGCCGUGGUUUGGCAAGCAACGCAAGAAUUGUGCACGAUACACGGCACUUGUGGUCCUAACUAUAUAUGCUUGACUGAUAAUUGGGAUAAUACUACUUGUGUUUGCCCGCCGGGUUUCGGGCGAAUUUCCGGCGUCAAAACAUGUGAGAGGAAGAUUCCGAUCAGAAACCUCCAAAACAGCAAGUUUCUACCUCUGGACUAUGUCAACUUUUCCGGCGGAUCGAACCAGACCAACCUCAAUGUCCAGAAUCUGAAGGCUUGUCAAGACAGUUGCUUGUCCGACCCGAAUUGUGAAGGUUUCGGGUUCAAGUAUGAUGGGCAAGGUUACUGUGUGCUGCAGCUAGAGAGGCUGCUAUAUGGGUAUUGGUCUCCGGGUACAGAAGCAACUUUCUUUCUUCGGGUGGAUGGAUCCGAAACAGACAAGUCCACCUUCACUGGCAUGACGAGCCUUCUCGAGACGACAUGUCCGGUUCGGGUCAGUCUCCCUUUACCACCCAAAGAAUCCAAUACUACAACCCGGAAUAUCGUGAUAAUUUGUACUCUGUUCGCUGCUGAGCUUUUAAGUGGAGUUGUUUUCAUUUGGGCCUUUGUCAAGAAGUAUAUCAAGUACAGGGAUAUGGCUCGGACCCUCGGGCUUGAGCUUUUGCCCGCGGGUGGGCCGAAAAGGUUCAGCUAUGCGGAGCUCAAAGCUGCCACCGGUGAUUUCUCCAACAUCAUAGGAAGGGGCGGGUUUGGAGAUGUUUAUAAAGGGGAGUUGAACGAUCACCGGAUCGUGGCGGUUAAGUGUCUUAAAAAUGUCACCGGAGGUGAUGCCGAGUUUUGGGCCGAGGUCACCAUCAUUGCACGGAUGCACCACCUCAAUUUGGUCCGACUCUGGGGGUUUUGCGCUGAGAAGGGUAAGAGAAUACUAGUAUAUGAGUAUGUGCCUAAUGGUUCACUAGACAAUUUUUUAUUUCAGUCGGGUCGGGUCAGAUCUACAUCUGGUGAGGGAGAAGAUGGAGGGGAUAUGGAGUUUGGACAAAAGCCGAUACUGGAUUGGAACAUCCGGUACCGGAUUGCCCUGGGAGUGGCGAGAGCAAUCGCGUACUUGCACGAGGAGUGCCUUGAAUGGGUGCUGCAUUGCGACAUCAAACCCGAAAAUAUUCUUAUUGGGGAUGACUUUUGUCCGAAAAUUUCGGAUUUUGGGUUGGCCAAAUUGAGAAAGAAAGAGGACAUGGUGAGCAUGUCUCGGGUUCGGGGGACCCGUGGGUACAUGGCUCCAGAAUGGGUCAAGAUGGACCCGAUCACACCGAAAGCUGAUGUAUACAGCUUCGGAAUGGUACUGUUGGAAAUUGUUAGUGGGGUCAGGAAUUCUGAGAUCCAAGGAUCAAAAAUGGACAGUGAGGAUUGGUACUUUCCAAGGUGGGCGUUUGAUAAGGUGUUCCAGGAGAUGAAGGUGGAGGACAUGCUGGACCCUCGGAUCAAGCACUGUUACGAUAGCCGGGCCCACUUCGAUAUGGUGGAUCGGAUGGUGAAGACGGCGAUGUGGUGCCUGCAGGACCGGCCGGAGAUGAGACCAUCAAUGGGGAAAGUUGCUAAGAUGCUGGAAGGGACAGUGGAGAUAAUGGAACCCAAAAAACCCACUAUUUUCUUCUUAGUAGACGAAUAAGUGCAAAGUGUCGUUUGGCUUCACAAGAAAGAUGUCAAAUACGUAAUAUAUUAUAUAUCUAUGUUUAGCAUGCUAAAAAUAAGGAGAUUGUACUUAAAAACACUCGACAUAUAUAUAUAUAUAGUGGAAUGCGUUGAAGUUGAAGAAGUAUUGUGUUAUUUUGUCA